AUGGUCUCAGUCAUCGCGACCAUCUCCCGCCGUAUGGCCCACUCAGGCACGCCCAUACAGCCAUUCCCCAACGCCCUAGCAUCUGACCAGCACAGCACAGAAACCAACGAUGACGCACUCUUCAACCUGGACCUUCUCCACCUCAAGCCCGAGCAUCGCGUCUGGUUCGGAGUCGUCAACCUUGCGGUACGUAAUUUCAUGAACGGCCUCGACCCUUCGCACACUUACCAAUACACGCGCCGCCUCGUUUCCAAUGCCAUCCGUAUCCUAGACAAGGAAAAGAAGCAUCACGAAUGGGCGCGUAGAAUCGACCCCGUCAUCAUCUGGGUUGCGUGCAUGACUAGCGCCGUCGGAGCUUCAGAGCAUGAAACCGACAAUUGGGACUAUGACCAGAUUGACAUCAUUGACGAUUUCCUCAAGCCCCUAGGCUGCCCGCUGCACAUUCGUCGCCAGGCUGCUCAUCUGGCUGCGAGAGUCUCUGCGACUGCCAAAUCAUCUAACCAAGACGACAUGGAUGCCUUUGCACGUGAAUACCCGCCUUUCCGCGUCAUCCAUGAUGCACGCCGUCUGGAUGAAUUGGGCGCCAUUGGCAUGAGUCGACUCAUCCUAAACCACGACAUGAGUGAGUCUCCGCGCUGGGCGGUGAUACAGAGCAACGUCAGGCUCCUGGAAGACCGCUUCGCCCACUACUCCCGUCUUAUGUUGACAGACUCGGGGCGGAAGAUGGCCGAGCAGCGAUACAAGUGGAUGGUAGAAGGCUUCUUGGGCCAGUGGAAGCGCGAGACGGACACGAGUAACGUGUAG